AUGUCUUGGGACUUGCUUCAGCGGUUCCUCGAGAGCGAUGUCUUUAACCAGAAUCCUUUCCUCUCGGUGUCACGAUAUGCCGACCACAUAGGCAUUCACUAUGUGCUGUGCAACAAGCUUCGCCAAUUUCCCUACGAGGACAUCGAGUUCUUCCUGCCGCAACUGUGCCAUCUUAUUAUAAGCGUCGACAAUGAGUCCAUGGCUCUGGAGGAAUUCCUCCUGGACCUAUGCGAGGAGUCGGUGACAGCAGCGCUCCUGACCUUUUGGUUGUUUCAAACUUACCUCCAUGACCUCUCGUCGAAUCCGCAAACCGAGGCUUUCAGUACUUGCCGCCGAGUCUACAACAAGGUGCAACACAUAGUGUUUGGGGUAUCAGACGUUAGGAGACAGGAAAAGAUUGUGGAAAAUGCACUGCCGGUGACUGUCUUGGGGAGCUUCGUGUUGGCGAGCAUUGCUUUGCCCAUGUUGCCUGGCUGGGCGGGACCCCUUGCUGUUGCGCAAGCGAGAAGACCACGCCCUGUUAUCGAAAGCAUCGCCGAGCCAGUCGCCGCUGCUCCUCAGACUCAGAAUAAGAAUGUGCCUGCUAGAGCGCAUACUGUGACGGCCGGGAGUAGCAGGUCCAAACGCGCAAAGGAGAGUCGCAUAGCAAGCGCCCCAGACGUCAAGGUUCAGCCCACUUCCCAGAACAACUCGCCCAAAAAACACAGGACCAAACCGUCAAGACCCGGUACGUCUGGGAGCGUAGCAGAGGCGCCAUUGCCAAAACCAAGCCGACCUGCUCCAGUCGAAAGUCUGGAAAAUCUCAGCCUUGAAGCACGCAUCAGCUCGGCAUCCUUACCGCUACCUGAUUCUCGACCUCGUAUCGUUACCAGACCCACCACGCCCCUGACAGCUGGCCUACGACCGCACGACAUGUCUAGGAAACAUUCGCACAGCGUCAAGACCAUGCUGAACCAAGCUGAGAUGACCAAUGAGCAAAAAAUACGGCUCUUGAGACAAAACUACUUUCGCUGCCAGACAGCUUUCUUGACAGCAUUGGAGGAUAUCUCGAACCGCUUGGUGAUUGUGCCUAAGCCGGCUCGUCUAAGUGCUCUGCGCGCCGAGCUUGCCUUGAUCGCCAGGGACUUGCCUGCCGAGGUUGAUAUCCCAGUGUUGUGCCCGCCUACUCUAGUAGACGGCUCACCAUCGAAAAGCCGCCACCACAGAAUAGUCCGGUUGAACCCGGCCGAGGCAACAGUUCUUAACAGUGCUGAAAAAGUGCCGUAUCUACUCAUGGUGGAAAUUCUGAGGGACGAUUUUACCUUUGAUCCUGACACCCAGGAUAACCAGAGGCUGCUUACAACUCUACUGGCCGAGCAGGGGACGAGGAAAAGAAUAUUCGAUUUAUCUGAUGCCCCUAGCAUACCUGCCGUUUCCCGGACACCACCGGCCGAGCCAGUGGUGGAUAGCGUUUUCGAGCCAGCUUCUGGAGAUCUGGGGGCUUCGCCUAUGCUCAAGCCCUUAGAUGACGAUCUAUUUGGCCCUGUACCGCCAUUGCCAAGAACUCAAUCGCUCCGGGUUGGCAACCCAAAUAUCGCUGUUUCUGGGGCUGUAGACAACAAGACAACGCCUCGACACUCUAUCCACACUAGUAUCUCUGGGUCACCUAGUCCUCCGGCUAGAAGCCGUACUUUGACUAUCAGCAACCCGCGAAACAACUCUGUCGAUCAGCCUGACUUUUCGGCACUGGCUAUUCAUAUGCGAACGGCAUCUCAGAUGCUGGCCCAGCUGGACGCAACCAGCGGGAAGCGUCCAAAACAAGAAGUAGCGGCCAUCCGCGCCAAGAUCAUUGCAAGCAUGCAGAGUCUGGAGGAGCAGAGCUUUGAUCUGGAUGACGGCCAUGGACCAACGUUUGACACCAUCAUAGCCAAGAGCGAGGUGGGCUCCGCUGCUGCGGCCAGCAAUAAUAACGCCAAUGGAACAACAGACAUGGAAAACGAAGGCAGUGCCGGCCCUGAACCAGCAAAUAUCAACGCCAAUGCCGGUAUUGACAGGAUGGAAAAUGACAUCAAGACGGGUGGUCUUCAGCGCAAGGGUGACCGUGACGAUCCCAGCGCGGCGGUCUUUGGAGAGGCGUGGGAGGUGAAGAAGGAGCGGAUCCGCAAGUCUUCGCCGUACGGAUGGAUGAAGAACUGGGACCUUAUGAGCGUCAUUAUCAAGACAGGCUCUGACUUGAGGCAGGAGGCGUUUGCGUGCCAGUUGAUUCGAGUCUGCCACAAGAUCUGGGUGGAUGCUGGGGUGCCGGUGUGGGUGAAGCUCAUGCGGAUUCUGGUGACGGGAGAAUCAUCUGGCUUGAUCGAGACGAUUGCCAACGGCGUAUCCCUUCACUCCAUCAAGCGCAGCCUGACGAUGGCGUCGAUCGAGUCGGGGCAGAACCCAAGGAGGAGGAUCGCCACGCUCAAGGACCAUUUCGUGAAAGUGUUUGGCAAGCCUGACAGCGAGGGGUACAGGGCUGGCGUGGACGCUUUCAAGAGAUCGCUGGCGGCGUACAGCGUUAUUUCUUAUGUGCUCCAGCUCAAGGACAGGCACAACGGGAACGUGCUGAUUGACAACGAGGGGCACAUUAUUCACAUCGACUUUGGGUUCAUGCUGUCGAACUCGCCGGGGUCAGUUGGGUUUGAGGCGGCGCCCUUCAAGUUUACGUAUGAGUAUGUGGAUGUGCUGGGGGGUGUUGGGUCGGCUGAUUAUGAGGAUUUUAAGAAGCUUUGCAAGCAGGCUUUUCAGGUGGCAAUAGCUCUUCGACGAUCAGCGGAUAAUAUCAUCGACCUGGUCAGCAUGAUGGGGCGGGAGAGCAAGAUGCCUUGUUAUGGAGCGGGCGUCACGCAGGUCACGGCGGCAUUGAGGCAGAGGUUUCAGCUGCAGCUGAGCGCGGAUGAGGCGGAGCAGUUUGUUGAGACGGAUUUGAUUGGGAAGUCGUUGGGGAGUUAUUACACAAGGCUUUAUGAUACCUUUCAAUAUAGAACACAGGGAAUCUACUGA